CCCGCAUUUUGGAAGCCUUUGUGCCUGCGAUGUGGCUUAAGCGGGUGGCUGCGGAGGCCAUCCCGGCACUGUGGUUUGUGCCAGUGCUUUAUUUUUAGGCACUUACUCUUCCAGGCCUAUUGUUGGACCAGCUUUUCGCAUGGAACACGCCCAACCGAAGUUCGAAAGAUCCCCGCCUCCCAUGCGACAGCCGUCUUGAGCCAUGCCAAAAGACGUCUUCUGCCUGGAGACUUUUCAGAAUCUUUGCCAGUCGCCAAGUUGUCUGGAUGAUGCCUGGUGGCUGCAGAUGGCGUUCAGCACGAAGCUUGCGCGGCGCUGCGCAGCCAGCUCAUUUCUUUUCAGCUCCUUUGAAGAAGAAGAGCCAGAAAAGAAUCCAUUCGGGGAAACGAUCAAGCCGUGGAAUUCUAGCUGUCCAAGCUGGAUGCCUGGAGGGAGGUUUUUCUCCAAGCACGGCUUCUGCAAGAAGCUAAAGCCGCUUAAACACAAAUGGUUUCCCCCACAGAAUGCGGAGGUGCGACCUCCUUACUCCAGCCCGGCACCUGCGCCCGGCCGGCGCGGCCCACCGGUGGAUGAGAGAGAGCAGCACGAGACGCAUCCGCCGCGGGGGCAGCCACGACCAGCGACGGACUGGGAAGCCACAGCCCAGGAGCAGCGGCAGGAGCAGCAGGCGGCGCAGGCCGAGCCGCCGGUGCCGUUCACCGCGCCGCCGCCAGCGCCCAAGAAACACCACAAGCAUCACAUGCUUCCGCCGCCUGUGCCACUCGGAGAAGUCGAGGGCGACAGCCUGGCCCCUGCGCCAGUAUCGGGGGCGUCAGGGUCAGGGCCAAGCGGGUCAAGGGGGUCAAGGGGGUCAAGGUCGAGGGGAGCACGGGCGGAAGAGGAGCCCUUUGAGCCACGGCUGCCGCUGAUUGUGGAGCAGCCGCAUCCCAAGCCGCCGCCAAAGAAAAGCUCUGUGGGGACCUUCGAAAUGGAGGACUCCCCAGAGUCGAAGAUGCUCCCGCCCAAUGCCGGCAAGCUCUUGAAAGAGCUCAGCAAAGAGAGCAUCGAUGCCAACGAGCGCGAGCUGGACCAAAAGAUGAUGACGGGAGGUCGAAAACAAAAGCCCGCAGGGCGCCACUGGCCGCCGCCCCAAUCUGCGCCGCCAGUGCAGCCGAUCCCUCCCAGGCCGGGGGACACCAACUACAACUACGGGUGGACGCCCCCGGAGCGGAAGGUGCCCUACUCGCCCCCCUGGCCGGGCGGUGGGCCGGUCACCGCCGUGGACCGCACGGAGGCUGUGGCGCAAGAGCUGCAGAGCGAGGCCAACGCGGUGGUGCUCACCGCAGAGGAUGCUUUGCUCAACGCCAAGAUGUAGUGUGGACUGCCACGAACCACUCCACCAAUCCACCUGGACGUGGCACACUAGAUAGCGCCAGCAGCGUAACGUCCUGGAGGAAGGCACUCAAUUCUGGCCCAGCCGCUUUUUUAGUCGCGAACACCAAGCUUGGACUACGUAGAUCAAGCCGUGGCACAAAGCUUGCCGGCUUGCCGAGCGAAAGGCGCAAAUGGUCACCAUCGCAGUGUUUGGGCCAAUCGAAAAGUGCAAGGCCGCCGGACCUGAACC